AUAGUGACACAUUCUGCAUGUGAGUCUGUAAUUAAGUGGCCUAUAUUAUGUUACUGAGCGUUUCUUUUGCAUGUGAAUUAAAAACAUGAAUUCUGAGGAGGAAGACACGCUCUUUUUACCUGCCAUUACCAAGGGUCCAUACCAAAAUGACCAGAAAACUACAAAACAAACUUCAAACCAUCAUCAACAGAAUCCAGGAGACGACAUCAAGAAUGUCCAGGAAAAACGUCCUGAAAUAGAUAUGGAGGACAGUCCCCUUAUCUACAAAAUCAGUGACGCCACACCCAUUCAUCUCACCCUCUUCUUUGCCAUGCAGCAAGCACUGUUAGCCCUCUCCACCUCCUUGGCUGUGUCUUUGCUGGUUGCUGAGUACGCAUGUGCAGAGCACAAAGAGGAUUUCAAAUCUCGCCUGCUUAGUUCUACUUUGUUCAUGAAUGGAAUAACUACACUUCUCAUGAAUACUAUAGGUGUCAGAUUGCCACUUUACCAAGGAGCCACGCCAGAUUAUGUGGCGCCCUUAGUUGCCAUGGCAGCAAUAGACAAAGACAGGUGUAAUAUGACCUCUACAUUUUUCAAUGCCACUUCCAAUACGACAGUGACCGUACCCGUCAACGAAGAUGACGUCAUUAUCUAUCAUAUUCAAACGCUCCAGGGAAGCCUGAUGUUAGCAGGACUGAUCCAUUUUAUAGUUGGUGCCACCGGAUUGGUUGGAAUCUUAUUACGCUUUAUUGGGCCGGUUACCAUCGUCCCCACGAUUCUGUUGAUAGGAAUCUACAUGGUUACCUCAGUCACAAAGUUCGCACAAGUUCACUGGGGAAUCGCCUCCUUGACAUGCGCAAUAGCCAUCGUCUUGUCCCUCUACCUCUCUAAAUACAACAUGCCAAUCCCUGUAUGGACAAGGAAGAAAUCUUGUCACGUGAUCAAAUAUCCUCUUCAUCAAGUGUUUGCAAUUUUAAUCGCUAUCUUGAUUGGCUGGGUUGUAAGUAUCAUCAUGACGGAGAGCGGUGUGUUUGAUAGUGCUACAUCCGUCAAGGACAGACUCUUUUACGCCAGGACUGACGCCAGAAUUUACGUCAUUACUAAUGCUAAGUGGUUCCAAUUUCCUUACCCAGGGCAGUUCGGCGUGAUCCGAUUCAGCAUCAGCGCCUUUGUAGGUUUCUUCAUCGCCACCAUUGUUUCUAUUCUGGAUUCUAUUGGAGACUAUUACGCCUGCGCCACCACAUGCCGGGUCCCGCCUCCUCCAUCACACGCAGUUAAUCGCGGGAUAGCUGUGGAGGGACUGUGUACCGCACUUUCAGGGGCUGUUGGCUGUGGUCAUGGUACCACUACAUAUGGAGGAAACAUUGGCGCUAUAAGCUUGACAAAGGUCGCCAGUCGCCACGUAUUUGUUUGUCUUUCUUUGGUUUAUAUUCUCUUUGGAAUUAUUGGGAAAUUCUCCGCUGUAUUCAUCACGAUUCCCCAUCCAGUGCUAGGUGGAGCUCUAAUCAUUAUGUUUGGAAUGUUUAAUGGAGUAGUCUUGUCCAACCUUCAAUCUGUAGAUCUGUCUUCCACUAGAAACUCGGCCAUCAUCGGAACUUCUCUUCUAGUUGGGUUGAUGAUGCCACAUUGGAUUGAAAGGUACCCUAACACCGUUAACACAGGAAAUCCAGAAGCAGAUGAUAUACUAAAGAUGUUACUUGGCAACCCAAACAUGGUGGGUGCCAUACUCUCCUGCUUCCUUGACAAUACUGUACCAGGUACCCCAGAAGAGAGGGGUAUCGCAGCAUGGCAGUCGACAGAUGAAGACACAGUCACCUCCGGGAAAUAUCAGGAGGGAUUCGAAGUUUAUAAACCAUGGCAACCUUCACGGAUGGCAAACGCCAGAAUAAUGAAAUAUGUCCCUUUCCUACCAAAUCCCGAAAAACCAGAUACGGAACGCCAUUUGUCGGUGGACUUGGGAAGAAGAAAGAUUGAAGCCAUGAAAUCUGCCCAGAAACGGAAAAUAUCAGCUACUGGAUCGAGUUGAAAAUAGAAAUGAAAUGUUUCGCCAAUGCAAUCUGAUUGUUCAAGAUUAGUUUUUAUAAUAAAUAUCUCUUUUUUUAAAAUUG